UACAGAAAAAUGGCGGCGCAAGCAGACCGAGGUGUCCCACUGAGUACGCUUGCACCUAAGUUUCUGCAUACCAACUCCACCAGCCACACCUGGCCCUUCAGCGCCAUCGCUGAGCUCAUAGACAAUGCCUACGAUCCAGAUGUCAGCGCCAAACAGUUUUGGAUCGAUAAGACUGUGGUCAAAGGAGAAGAGUGCCUCAGCUUUAUGGAUAAUGGAAAUGGACUGGACCGUGAAACCAUGCACAAGAUGCUCAGCUUUGGGUACAGCGACAAGAUAGCUGUGAAUGGCCAGGAGCCAAUUGGAAUCUAUGGCAACGGCUUCAAGUCUGGAUCCAUGCGUCUUGGCAAAGAUGCCAUCGUCUUUUCCAGAUCGAGGAGCACCUCCUGUGUUGGGAUGCUCUCUCAGACCUACCUGAAAAAGAUUAAUGCCCAGCAGAUAGUUGUUCCUAUUGUUUGCUUUGAAGAGUGUGGAACAAACAAAUUCUUUGUAAGAGAUGAGCACAAAGCCAGUCUGCAAGAUAUUCUGCGCUAUUCCCCUUUCAACACACAAGGCGAACUGCUGGCCGAGAUUAACGUCAUCGCUUCGCCCUAUUCCAAAGAGAGAACUGGCACACGGAUCAUCAUCUGGAAUCUUCGCAGAACAUCUUCAGGAACAACAGAGUUUGAUUUUGAGAAGGACAAGUACGACAUCCGAAUUCCAUCUGAGGUCUACGAGACGAUGAAUGAUCCGUCUCAGCAUCCAGACAGGGUCACAUCGUACAUCCCAGAGAGCAUGUACUCUCUGCGGGCGUACUGCAGUAUUCUGUAUCUGAAGCCCCGGAUGCAGGUCGUGGUACGAAGUCUAAAGGUGAAAACUCAGCUCAUCGCUAAGAGUCUGGCCUUUAUCAGCAAGGACCACUACAAGCCCAUCUUUCUGAGCAAACGCAUCCCUAUAACUUUUGGGUAUAACACCAAAAGUAAGGACCAGUAUGGUAUAAUGAUGUAUCACAAGAAUCGGCUCAUCAAAGCCUAUGAACGCGUGGGCUGCCAGCUUAAGGCUGACAACAGAGGAGUUGGAGUCAUUGGGGUCAUAGAAUGUAAUUUUCUGGAUCCUACCCACAACAAACAGAGCUUUAUUGAGUCAGAUAAGUACAGGAAAACCAUGAACAAUUUGGGGAUCAAACUGGAGGAGUACUGGAAAGAAAUUCGCUACCGCAAGAACAAAGAAAAUCCAAACAGCACCAUACCAGUGGAGGAUACCAUGAAGCGACCAGAUCAAAACUGGGUGCAGUGUGAUGACUGUUUGCAGUGGCGCAAACUCCCUGAUGGAAUUGACUGCAACAAGCUGCCAGAAAAAUGGUUCUGCCGUAUGAACCCUGAUCCUCAAUUUAGGAGCUGCCAGGUAGAGGAGGAGCCUGAGGACUCUGAUGAUGACCAGCCUUCAUACAGCAAGACAUAUAAACGACAAGAGAGGGAGGACAAAAAGAAACAAGAAAUGGCAAGACAAAAGGCUGAGGAGGAUCGAAGGCGCCGGGAAGAGCAGCACAAUGCGGCUCUCCGACGGCGAGAGCAAAACCAGCAGCAACGUCAGAGAACUGUCCAUUCCCCUUCUACUCCAACUACCCCGAGGAAUAGGGCGCUGCAAGGGGGUGCUGCAAGGGCUGAAUUCUCUCAUCUGAGCUCCACCAUCAUUUCACAAGCUGCCUGCAGCCCCUCCAGUAGCAGUGGUCUUCCAAUUAUUACUAAUGUAUGCUCACUGUCACCAGCCACUAUGAGCGGGAAAAGGACACAUCCUGUUACUCCACAAAGUACGCCUAAAAGACCGAGAGUAAAUGGCAUCCAUGGGAGCACCUUAGAUACACCCUCAUCAGUAGAUGCCACCCCCCUGAGUUCUCCAUCUGUGCCUGUUGAUAGUGAUGAUGAAACUGAUGAUGAAAUUGUCAUCUUGGAGACAGCUAGCACCCCCAAGCCGAAACAGCCAGUUUUGGAUAUUAGUAAAGUGAAGAAAGAGGAGGACGAAAGCAGCGAUAGUGUCAGCAUGUUGUCACAUUUUAGUAGUAAUGCUAAAGUGGAUGUCACCUCAAAAACAAAUGGCUCUGCAGGGUCUGCAGCUGUGGGAACCAGUUCCUCACAAGUGUCCUCUGCAGAAAUGUCGAGCAUCACCACCCAGACAGAAUCACCCAACAUAAAGCAGGAAGUGGAGGAGAGAGCCUCACAGCAUAUGGGUAAUAACAGUGGUAAAAAACAGAGUUCAGAUUUAGAUGCUUCCGGUGUUGAGCAAAGAGUUUUUAAGCAAGAGUGCAGUGAAGGCACUCAAAGUGAGAAUCAAGGAACACAGACCUUGAAGAAUGAACUGGCACACCACCUGCAAAGUGAUGAAAAUGCCGGACCUUCCUCUGCAGAUGCCCAUGACCAAGAAACACUUAACUGCCUCAGUGCUGCCGAAGUACAGGAACAACAAGACCAGCUCAUGGGGCUCAUGCAGGACACUGCUCAGGAGAGAGACUCUCUGAAAGAGCAGGUCCAGAGACUUACCUCUGAGUUAGAAGCUGUGCAGAGCAGACUGCAGGAGCUGUCUCACAUCAAUGUAAAGGCGUGUUCUCACCAAGCCAGUCAGACAGAAUUAACAGAGGGGGAGAAGGACUACAAAUGUCUGUUUGAGAAGGCCAAACAAAAAGUCAAUGAAUUGAUUAAGGACAAAGAGGCUUUAAUUGCAGCUACUGAGACAAAGGCAAAUUGCAGCACCGCCCAAGGGGAGGACGAUGACAUUGAUGAGAUUGCACUGCAAGUUGACUCUUUGAUCCGGGAGCUGGAUCAAAGCAACAAGGAGAAGGAAGAACUACGCUCACAGUUGGACAGUCUGGAGGAGGAGAAAGCAAACCUGGCAGCACAGUGUGAAGAGCUCAAGUUGAAUCUACAGCAGCAGAGGGAGAAUGUGCCGACACCACCAAGAAACAAUGAUUCUUCUGAUCACACACGUCAAGAAGAAGCAGGAGGGCCGGCGGACUCUGGCACACAUUCAAGCGCAUUCAGGAGCUUGCUGGAGCUUCGGCAGAAUGUCGGGCGCCUUCUCAUCACUUACGUGCCUGCGCUGGACCUGGAGCAAGUGAAUUAUGAGUGUAAUGUCAUUGAUGAAAUCCUAGAGCAGGUUCUCACUGAUAGGGAUUCUUCUAUAGUUGCGGGGCUGAGUGAUGAUGGUGGAAGUGAAUAAAAAAAAUCAUCAGAUCAUUGAUUUAGGUGCAGUCUACUGAGGGUAAGAAAUUAGGUUGUAUUUAUUUGGGCAUGUGUACAUGUUUACAGAUUUUUUUUAAUAUGGAUUUGCAGUAAAUUCAAAAUGAUGAGCUUCUUUGUGCUAUUUAUUUAAAAACGAUAAAGCUAUUAUCAUAGCAGCAUUUUGAAUAAAUAGUAUAAGUCAGACAUUUUCCCAAUUAAGUUUAGGCAGAGUCCGGAAAGUAACCCAUUUGUUAGCAGUUGUUGUUUGUGUUUCUAGCUUUUCAAACCAGCUGCAUCUAAUUAUGAUUCUGUUUCACAAUGACAGCUGUUUGUUGUACCCUUUGCGGAUAUUUUGUACAUAUUCUGUCAAAUAUAUUUUUUUAUUCCCUCUUAGUGUUCAGUGAUUAAGUGCUUUAUGACACAUUGUCAGUGGUGUUCUUGUCAACAUUUCAAGACGUCCAGUGUGUUUCUAAGUGAUGCUAACUGUAUCUUAACACGAAAUCUGAAAUGUUCCUGCACAUAAAUUGGUCUUCCUCUCUUGGCUGAAAAGAUUUUGUCUAAACACCCAGUUUCAGUAUCUAAUCAGUAGCAGAUGUAGCCAUGUUUUUUUUAAAUUGCGCUGUUUGCAAUUUAGUUAUGGGAUUUUUUUUGGAGGUGUAUAUAAUGGUAAGCUUUGUUUAUUCAGGAACAUCAACAUUUCUUUUCACACCUUAGCCACAGCCAACAUGUUCCACAUAUGUAGACAUAAAAUGUAAACUUCAACUAAUAUUUAAAAAAUAACAAGGAAAUUAUUUCCACUGAAGUUGUUUAUUGAAAUAAAUCUCAGAGUUGUUAAGUUAAAGUUAAAUUGUCCUCUAACAUCAUGGCUGUUUAUUUCAAAUUGAAUGUGUCUUACGACCGGAGCAGCAGCAUGACCGAUCUCAGAAUGUCACUGGAUCUAACAGAAUCAUUGUAUUUUUCCUUAGAACAACAGCUCCCUUGUACAAUUCAUUCCUGGGGCACUACAGUAACAAAAUACACAGAUUAUGUAUUUUAUUUCCCUUUCCAGCACAUUUCACAUAAUUUCAAAAAGUUCACAUUAAACAUUAAUGCACUGUGAAUGCAUUAUUCCAUUUUACAUCAUGUGCUUUACGGCUUGUAUACAUGCUGUAUCAGUGAGGACUGUUAUUUUGUAUCAGUGAUGUAUGAAUAGAUCAUUUUCGUUGAAGAAGUAAUUUAAUGAGUUUUCUACAACACAAAAAUUACUUGCUGUAAGUAAAAGGUUUCAGGUUUUCAGCUUAACAUGCAGUGGUUGAAAGUAAUAAGGUACUUUUAUUAAUGCAAUGUGCUUGCAUAAUUCCAUUACCUGUUUCUUUACACUUUACUUUUUAAAAGGCAAGUGUUGUACUAUUUAGUUUAUUGCAUGUAUUCACCAAUUUUCUUUUCACACCAAGCUUGAAAUAAGGCACAUUUUUAUUUAUUAAACCAGGGGCUUGUGACCCAAUGAACAAAA